AGGACAAAGUUGCAAAGAAAACGUGAAAGGAACCCAAUCGAAUUCCCGAUCUGUUGAACAGAAUGCAACGCGAGUGAACUUGUGAGACAGAAAAGAAAUACCUUCAUGUCAUGACGUAGCUACAUCUGUGAAAAAAGAGUGUAUUUGUAUGUGUCGGAAGAAGUAAAAGUGAUGAGUGCUCGUCGUCGUCGUCGUGUGUGAUAUUGUUGUCGACAAUAUUGUUUUUGUUCCAAUUGUGUUGAAACAACAACGACAAAAAAGUGGGAUCGGCGUGGAAACUUUUUCGGCCGGUCGCAUGCAGAGCAAGAAGGAAGUCCUGCUUCCCGUGACCUCUGUUUUCGCCAAAACCGGCAAGGACUUGUCCGGCCAAUCGCGCAAAAACGGCUGCAAACAUCAGGGUGGGCGAACAACGUUGACGAUAGAGAACCUCCAUUUGUUCAACAACAACGCGGGCUGCGCGGAGAACAAGCCGGGCGCGGCGGCGUCCGCGAAACCGGCCGCCGUGAUGGACGCGCCCUGGCCUUCGUCGCCGUCGUCCGCGGCGCCGCAGACAAGCCCCGCCGGUCAGCCGCCGCCACUACCGCCACCCUCUUUAGCCAACAGCAACAACAACAACACCGCGUCGUCAUCGUCCGUUUCCACCACCACCGGCGGCGGUGGCGGUGGCAACAACGGUGGCGCCUCGACCACCAAUUCGAAUGCCUCUCGCGGCUCUCGGUCGCCGUACACUCAAAAGGCCCUGGCCGAGAUUCGGACGGACUUGCAGCCUUAUAUCAAGACCGGCGACGCGAGUUCCGCCGCGAGCACUAUUUCGAAUUACACGAGCAUCUCGGGGUUGAGCACAGGCAGUAGCAGUGGCUACUGUAGCACGAGUUCCGCCACUGGGGUGCCGCCUGUGGUGGGCAGCAGUGGGGAUGGUAGAGGGUCGUAUCAGGGCGGUCAUAAUGGUGGCGGCGGCGUGGAUGCGGAGUCACUGAGGCGCCACGAUUUGCAGGGCUACGUCGGUGGCGGUUGUGACCUGAAGGAUUCUAUUUUUGAAAACCGGAAGUUCCGUUCAAGAGAAAGUGGAGGCGAGGGGGGAAAAAACUGCCGGAUCUUGAAACANGGCGGUGGCAACAACGGUGGCGCCUCGACCACCAAUUCGAACGCCUCUCGCGGCUCUCGGUCGCCGUACACUCAAAAGGCCCUGGCCGAGAUUCGGACGGACUUGCAGCCUUAUAUCAAGACCGGCGACGCGAGUUCCGCCGCGAGCACUAUUUCGAAUUACACGAGCAUCUCGGGGUUGAGCACAGGCAGUAGCAGUGGCUACUGUAGCACGAGUUCCGCCACUGGGGUGCCGCCUGUGGUGGGCAGCAGUGGGGAUGGUAGAGGGUCGUAUCAGGGCGGUCAUAAUGGUGGCGGCGGCGUGGAUGCGGAGUCACUGAGGCGCCACGAUUUGCAGGGCUACGUCGGUGGCGGUUGUGACCUGGCGAUUCGCUUGGCGGCCGUUUGCGCCGGCCGACAAACAAAAAGCUUGUUGGGAUGCGCGGAAAACGCUGGCAAGUCGAGCGGCGGGUUGGAACGCGCGGAAUGCGUGGAAUGCGCGCGGUGGUCCGGCCCGCGGAUGAGGAUGGUGGCGCGGGGUUGCCAGAGCGGGUCGCGGGGCGGCCUUUUUUUUUUUCUUCUCUCCAUUGCCCGUUGCGGCGCCGCAUUGUCCGGCCGCUGGGGGGCUCUCAUGUAUAAGCGAGCGAGGCGCAGGGACGCCCGCAGGCCGCAACCUUACGUCGGCGGUAAGAAGAAGGUCGCCGCCAAGCAGCAUCACCGGCCGCAAAACAACGAAAACGACCCUGCCAACGCACCACCCGGCGGCGGCGGCUUCACGCUUGGAAUGUUAUCCAUCAUUCCGGCCGGAGGAGGAGAGAGACAGAGAGAGAGAGAUAGAGAAAGAAAAUGA